UGAUUUAGCUUGGACUCCCUUGGAUCUUGUCUCAUUAAUCACUGAACAUAUUCCAGUUCAACGAGAACAGGUUUUUUGGAAGGUGUUAUUGGUUUUGCCAGAUGAUGAUGAAUUUGCAGAGGAUGAUCCCAACAGAAUGCUGGUGGACUGGUUGAAAGCCAAAUUUAUAGGAGACAAAAGCUGGAAGAAAAACGCUUCGCAGACAGAAGGCAGAAUUCAAACACUGGCAUUAUGUAAUUCUCCUGGCAUGCAAGGGAGCAGAACCAUUCGAGUCAGUGUGUGUGUAAAGGUGGCACAUGGUGCACUGUCCGAUUCCGAGCUUGAUACAGCCCAGACACAAAAAGACUUACUUGGAACCAGCGGUCUCAUUCUUCUCCUGCCCCGUCGAGUUAGGAGUGAAGAUGUUGCAGAAGAUGAUGUUUAUUGGCUUUCAGCUUUGCUGCAGUUGAAACAGUUGCUUCAGGCCAAACCUUUCCAGCCGGUAGUUCCCCUGGUGGUUCUAGUCCCCGGUCAGGAAGAGCAAGCCACAGAGAAAGAAGUAGAAGAACGUUUGAUGCUGCAGGACUUGAUUUCAGCCCAGCUUAUUUCACACUACACCAUUGUUGAGCUCCCAGGUUCUAUCAAUGACUUAGAAGGCACCAGAAGGAUCUCUGCGGCUGUGGGCUGGCUGGUUUCCCAAUGCCCUGACUCCCCUGACCUCUGCAGUCAGACCCUCCAGGAGUACGUGGAGAAUGGGAUUGAUGGUGAAUUUGUCAGGCGUUUCUACCAUGACAGGAAGGAGAGGCGUUUAGCUGGCCUGCCAUCUCAAGAGUCUGGGGUCAUCAUAGAGCUGUACAACAGUGUGCUGCAGUUUCUUUCAGAUGUGGCAUCCUCCAAGCAGCUUUGUGACUUGUCUUGGCCCAUUACUGAAUUUUCAGAGCCUGGGGGUAACAAGCUGUUACCCCACCUGCAGUGGAACAUGCCUGAUCACCUGGCCUGGCUGAAGAAGGCUGUGCUGUCCUUCCAGAUCCCAUACCUAGAUCUACCUCCAUUAGGUGCUCCUUGGCAUCCUGUUUGUCGCAUGAUUUUUCAGUAUGUGUCUCAGAUUGCUAGUUCUUCCCUUACUCAACCACUGAUCCAGUCUCAAGUGGAGAAUCUGUUGAGAAAAUCUUACCUGAAGUGGAAAAACAGAACAUGUGAGAACUCUGAUGAAGAUGGACCUUCUGUUGAUGAUAUCCCAUGGGAUGAUAUCUUCUUAGUCUGCAUUGAUCAUAAACUAAGAGACUGGAAACCACCCAAACUGCCUAUUGCUCCAGAAGCAGUAAGUGAAGAUGGUGAGAUUCGUGUGUACUACUUCAAGGAGCAUCUAAAGAACUUCGCUCCCCCUUUUUCCUGGGAACAAGCCAGACUGCGCACGCAGGAGGAGAUCCGGCAAGGCCACGAGAGGUCAAGGGUAAAAUCUCCCAAGUUUUUUAAGAAGCUCCAUAACAUCUCCAUGGUGCCAUGUCAUUAUGAUUCUGGCUUGAGCGUGCUGUCGGGUGAAGAAAAGAGCAUUUCCAGGGCAGAGGAAUUCACUGACACAGCCUCGGCCCAGGAGUGUCGCCCAGAGCAUCUGUUGGCACAGUUGCAACUGGAUAAAAUAGAAAGCAGGAGGUUCGAAGAACGGUUGCACCAGUGCCUAGCUGAGGACCUUGAGCCCCUUGGUGAUUUUGUAGGUCUUCCUCUCUACCUCCCCCAGUCUUUAGUCUCCACCCCACCUGUCACCUGUCCAUUGAUGAAAAGUCCUGUGUCGCCUGCUCAAGAGGCUGGGAGUGAAGAGGGAUGUGAACUUUUGGUGAAGGAGUUAAGCCCCACGCUGUCAGACAGAGUGAAACAGUUUGAACAGCUCCUUGAAGCCACCAAGGAGGGUGAAGUUGCCUCUGGGCUCCACCUGUCUGCUCUGGUGGACAUGGUGGAUAUUUGA